GCUCAUUUCCCUAAACUUUGAAACAUUUGCCGCCAAAAAACUAAAAGCCCUACCUAGACUUCAAUCUCACCGUCUCUAUAGUCUCUGCUCGCAAUUUCAUCCUCAUUUUCAAUCGGAUACAUUCUUCGUUUCUCAGGAGGCCCGAUUAUAAGCCCUAAUUUCAAUUCUCAGGAACAACCGAUGGAAAGCGAUGACGAUUUUGAGUCGUUCUCACCUUGUGAAGAACCAUCACUGGUGCUUAAAAAUCCAAGCUUCAAACGCUUAAAGAAACCCGGAGUAGCCCUGAAAGAUCCUCAUGUGAGUUCAACUGACGAUACUUUUUUGUUUCCCGAUGUCGAUUUUGCCAAAUUGGAAGCUUUGGAAGCUUCAAAAUCCCUAGAAGAUGAAUCCGAUGAUUCAGAGGAGCCUCUGUCGUCAGAUAAAAGCCACGGUAAUGAGUGUGAGUUAGAACCCGAAAAUAGGAAAGACAGCCGCCGAGCUUUGAGUUUCCACGAGGAUAAUGGGCUCGAUAUGAAUCCGAAUCCAGGACUGAGAUCUGUCGGUGAAUGUGAACAAAUCGAGGAAGACCUGGAACCUCCGGCAGUGGAGUUUUUGAGUAAAACUGGCGAUGGGAGUGAAGGAACUAUGGAAGGGAUCGAAAACCACAAGCCCAAGGAAACAGAAAACAAAAGGAGCAAUGCAGAUUUGAAUUCGAAUGGAAAUGAUAAAAGUAAGAGCAAGAAGGCUAAGCAUAAUGUGGACGAUGCUGCUGAAUCAAAGCCCAAAGAGCCCGCUUCUAAUAAAAGGAGAGAACGAAAGGAAAGGAAACAGAAUUUGCAGCAGAUUCAUGUUGAAACCCAGCGGAUAUUACGAGAAAAAAGGGAUGCCUCAUUUAAGCCUAUACCAAUCGUGCAUAAGCCCAUAUCAUCAGUAUUGGAAAAGAUCCGGCAGAGAAAGCUUGAGAUCUCUAAAAAAAAUAUCACAUUAAGCAACACCGUUUCUUCUCAUACAAUCAAUGGUCAUAUGAGAGAACUUAUGGACGAGGAUGACGUUGACAACACCUAUAAAGAUGAUAUCAUUGUAAUAAGAUCAGAAAAGAAGACAAAAGAGAAGACAGGGUCACAUGUUGAGGAUUUAAAAGAUGAUGCAACUGGUCCUGCAGAUUCUGAAGUCAAUGAAAAUUGUGAAAGUGUUCCAAGUCAACCGUUUAGGGAUAUAGUUUUGGAUGAAGUUGCUAAGCCUAUGUUUCGAGCUCCAGUUGAUACUCAGGAUCUUUUUGGUGAUUCUCAAGACCGUGAUGAGAUAAAUGAGAUACCUGAAUGCAAAGAGGAUAGUAAUCGAUUGGAAGAAGUAAUGGCACCAUCUGUUCUUGCUAUGAACUUGAAGUUUGAUUCUCUCCCUCCAGAUGAAUGCUCUUCAGAUGAGGACAAUGACACGGAUGAUGUAGAUCAAGAUGCUAAACUAGACGCUCCUUCUCCAAGAGGUGACCCAGUUAAGGCAUUUCUUGAUGAGGAAGCUGAGGAAGAAGAUGACAGUGAUAAUGACUUACACCGCUUUAGUGAAAAUGAAGAUGAUGAAGAUUUUGAAGCAGUCAAAGAUAUAAUUGCAACUAAUUAUGAAGAAAAGCCCUCAGAUAAUGAGAGGCGCAAUGAACUUCACAGGAAGUGGCUUGAGCAGCAGGAUGCGGCUGGAACUGAAAAUCUGCUCCAGAAAUUGAAAUUUGGUUCAGAUCAUAGAGAACCAACAUUGCUUGAUGAAGAACAAGUAGAUAGCGAGGGUGAAGAUUUUAAUGAAGAUGCAGGAGAACAUACAAAGAGUACUCGGGUAAAUAAGAGAAAAGCAAAACAAAUAAUAACGCAGAUGUUUAUGGAAAAAGAUGAUGUUUUCUUAUCAGAUGAUGAUGAAGAAAAAGAUAAGAUGAUCGUUAAACAGCGUGUCCUUAUCAGAGCUGAAGAAAAGACUACACUAGUUUCUCCAAUUGAAGAUGAGGAUUCCAAAACACUCUUUGGUCUGAUAAAGAAACAUAAUGUAGUUCCUGACAAAAGAAAGAAAGCAAAACCGCCAUCGUUCUUUGACAAGAUUCUAGGAGGCCCAAAAGAUAAUAGUCUUUCAAAGUCAUCUUUUCUAGGCCGAACAUCAAAGCAUCAUAUUCCAGUACCCCACAAGCAAAGCUCAAGCCUUGUUCGAUCAUUCAUCUUUGAACGUGAUGACAGCAAUAGCCGGAAUUCAAUCUCAAUGUCAGAUGAUUCUUCAGACAUGGUUAUAAAAGAAAAUAAUCCAACCAGAAGCAAUGCACCUAGGUUUAGCAAUUCUCAAGCAAAGUUCAACACUCAGAGCAAAAGCUCUGUUGCACAAACAUCAAGUGGGGCUUCCCUAUUUGAGAUACUGAAGCAAUCAUCUUCACCAUUGAGUAGUUUUGGGGAUCAAGGUCAUGGGAUUGAUUUCACUCGAGCUCUACAUGCUGCUUUUAGAGUUCCAAAGAAGCCAGCAAAGUUUGGAACAGCACUUUGAAUGUCACUCAUAUGUCAUAUUUCAGUACACAUGUAAUACACAAUAAUCAUAUUGUAAGUUGUCAGUUUUUGAUAAACAUGUAUUUUGUGCUUUUUAGAUUUUAGAUUAGAAAACCAUUAUUUAAGAGAAUUCAUAAAAAAUCUACAUACAUUAGAACAUAGAAUUCACCUU